AUGGCAUAUACUAGGCCAAGUCCACAGCCCUGCUCCCUCUCCGAAUUGCUGCCUGGAGUCUUUGAGAUCCGGACGCAGGCUCUCUCUCCAUCCUUCAAAGCUAACUUCACAUUGAAAAGGAAUGUGCUCUUACAGGGAUCAGUGUCCUUUGGGGAUGUGGCUGUAGAUUUCAGCAGAGAGGAGUGGCAGCAUCUAGACCUUGCUCAGAAAAAUUUGUACUGGGAUGUGAUGCUGAAGACCUACAGCUAUCUGCUCUCAGCUGGGUAUCAAGUUCCUGAACCAGAGUUUUUCAUACUGGAGCAAGGAAAGGAGGUGAGCUCAUAUCAGAACUAUUCAGAUCUCAUUGUACAUCAGAAAAUUCAUACUGAGGAGAGACACCAUGAAUGCAGUGAUUGUAGCAAAGCAUUCACACAGAGAUCAGAGUUGAUUAUACAUCAAAGAAUUCACACUGGAGAAAAACCUUAUGAAUGCAGUGACUCUGGAAAAGCCUUCACUCAGAAGUCAGCACUCAAAAUGCAUCAGAGAAUUCAUACAGGAGAAAAAUAAUAUUUAUGCAUGAAAUGUGGGCUAGCCUUCAUCCAGAAGGCACACUUGAUUGCACAUCAGAUAAUUCAUACAAGAGAGAAACCUUAUAAAUGUCACUGUGGGAAAUCAUUUACUUUCAAAUCACAGCUCCACAUGCAUAAACAAAUUCACACCGGAGAAAAACCCUAUAUGUGCACUAAAUGUCAGAAGGCAUUCACCAACAGGUCAAAUCUUAUCACACAUCAGAAAACUCAUACAGGAGAGAAAUCCCAUAUAUGUCCCAAGUGUGGAAAGGCCUUCACACAAAGAUCAGACUUGAUUACACAUCAGAGAAUUCAUACCGGAGAGAAACCUUAUGGAUGCAGUACCUGUGGAAAAGCCUUCACCCAGAAGUCACACAUUAAUAUAUACCAGAAAAUUCAUACUGGAGAGAGACAGUAUGAAUGCCAUGAAUGUGGGAAAGCCUUUAGCCAGAAAUCAAUACUCACUGUGCAUCAGAAAAUUCAUACAGGAGAAAAACCUUAUGUAUGUACUGAAUGUGGAAGAGCUUUCGUUUGGAAGUCAAAUCUCAGUAACCACCAGAAAACUCAUACUGGAGAAAAGCCCUACAUCUGUUCUGAAUGUGGGAAGACAUUCAGACAGAAGUCAGAGUUGAUUAUACAUUAUAGAAUUCAUACUGGAGAGAGACCUUAUGAAUGCAGUGGCUGUGACAAAUCUUUUACAAAGAAAUCACAACUUCAAGUGCAUCAGCGAAUUCACACAGGAGAGAAACCUUAUGUGUGUUCUGAGUGUGGGAAGGCCUUUACUGACAGGUCAAAUUUGAAUAAACACCAGACAACACAUACUGGAGACAAACCCUACAAAUGUGUAGUUUGUGGUAAAGGUUUCAUUCAGAAAUCAGUGCUCAGUGUGCAUCAGAGUAUUCACACGUGA